AUGGUCAUUCAGAGAUUGAAACACCCCUCGGGAAAGAAAUUUAAGCCACCACUGAAAAGUCUCGAUCCCACUGAUGAUGAAGAGGGAAUCAGUAAAAGUUCUGUUUCAAAGAAACCAUCAAACAGCAAUAACAUCAAAACUUCAACAACUCCAAACUCAACAACUCAUUCCACAUCAACAACAAAUCGUUCCAUAGCAACUUGUACAACUACCAUCAAGAAUCAACCAUCACAGAGUGGAUUGAAGCAACAAACACUCGAUCAUUCCUUUGCCAAGACAACCACCACCUCUUCUUCCACAAAGAAAGCUCCUUUCCGAACUCCAUUCAAAACACCUUUCAAGACUCCUUUCAAAGAAGAAGGAACAACUUUACCAAAGAAUAACCUAAAGUCUUUAGAAACUUUCAAGAAGAGUCGUAGUAGUAGCAUCAAAGGCUCUUCAUCCACCAAAGCUUCUUCUUUGAAAAGGCAGCAAAAAACAGCAUCCGAGAAUGAUGAUGAGGAAGAAGAUUCCAUCAUUGAAUCAGCAAUCACCUCCUGUUCGGAAGAUGAUGACAACGACCUUGAAUCAACCUCGAGCAAUGAUACCUCCAUGAGCAGUGAAGAAGAUUCCCCAUUGAAAUCAAAGAGUAAUAAGGCAUCAUCAUCGUCCAGUACAAUUACUCUCUCAACAACCACAACAACUGCAACAAGAAUGAAGCCCUCACAAACGAAAACGCAAAUACCCUCUUCUUCUUCUUCGUAUGGCGUUCCUUCCACCACUACCUCAAAGACAUUCCCGAAAGAGAAUGAACAAAAACCUUGUACGGAAAAGGAAAACAACAACAACAGCACCAUGAUGUUAAUAACUUUACCAUCAACCUCUACGGAACAACAAACAACUUCUCUCAAAUCAAGCCAUUCCUCAACCACCAUUUCUCUUUCGUUACAAGAGAAACAUGACGAUAAUGAGGUGAAAAUCAAUGCUCUCUCAAAUUCAUCACCACAACAACAACAACCUCAACCACAGAAACCAGAGAUUGUCAUUGUUGAAAUUUCUUCGUCUUCGUCUUCAUCUUCACCUUCACCACCACUUUCGAAGGUGAUGAGCUCUGAAACUUGGACAAGACGUACGAGUUUUUCCAAAGUUAAAAUUCCUGAAUUUGUGUUUGACGACGAACAACAUGAUACAAAGUCUGUUGUCAACCAUACAGUGAAACGAACAACAGCAGAUUCUCUCAAAAAGAAGAGAUACUCUUUCAAAUCAUUGGACUCACCACCAGAAAAACUGUCUGAUGACAUUUUGGCCAUUGAUUUAUUUCCUUCACGUCCGCCUCAACAACAGCGUCAGCCACCACCACCACCUCAACAACAACAACAAUCACUUUCCUCACAUCAGCAAUUGUUACAACAACCAUCAUCUGCAACUGCUGCAACUUCUUCUACAACACCACGAGAGGCAACAACAACUGCUCUCUCCUCAUCCUCUCUCCAAUCUUCAAGUUUGGGCAUCAAGUGGCAAACCAAACUACGGAAAACAGAAAAACUAAAACGUCCUCAUGGCACACAAUCGAAAAUUUCCAAAUACUUUUCCAAAAACAAAAGCAGUAGUCAUCACUCUCAGGGUAGUACAACUACUAGCAGUGGUGCAUGUUCUGGAGGAUCCUCCUCUUCUGAGAAUAGUCAAGAGGAAUUUAACAGAAGAAAACGAAAACAGAAACCAAGUCCUGCAUCGUCACAUUGGCAACAACAACCUUCUACUACUCAUGACAAGAACGAUGACACUUCUUCGGUCGUGAGUCCUUCUUGUGAAAAGACCACGAGUGUAACGGCGCCUCUUCUCACUUGUUCGCCCUCAAUCAUGUCUCCAGAAAUGAAAAAAGUGAAACACAUUCCAUCCUGCCUAAUAACACUUGAAAAAACUCCAGAAAUUCAUAUUGGUAGAGGCCUUAAGGAAUGUGAAGCUGAAAUCACACCAUCAUCAAAACUGAACAAUGAUGAGAGUUUGCAUCACAUGGAUUUGAAACUUUUCCUUAAUUCCAAUUCGAAUACUCCUCUUUCAAGUCAGAAAGAAGCAUCUCGUCCACUCCAACUCUUAUCUUGUAUAAUGGAAGAAUCUCCUGUAGCCAAAUGUGUGCCUGUAAGCAAAAAUUCCUCAACUGUGACUCACAACAAAGGAAUUGUAUUACCUGAUUCAUUAAUAGAUGAUGAUGGCGACGAAGAAGAAACAAAUAGUCGUGAAUCGUUACUGAGCUGGUCACAAACAUCUUGUCACGAUGAAAGUCAAAUGAUGGUAUUUUCUCCUCCUCAUUCUGAAACUGGAGUGCAUCAAGAUGACAAGACAACCCGACUUUGCAGCAGAAAUGUACCAAACCAUAGUAUGGAUGAAUCUCCAUUGCAUGUUCUUCUUCCUCCCAAUAAUGUAAAAUCCAGCUUGUCACUUUCCCCUCUCAUCGACAUACUCAUCGACAAGACUUCUUAUUUGAACAAGAGGGACCACACCACGACUCCAAUUAUUAUCGAUGUCGAUGAAACUCAAAUACCAGAAAAUGACCUUUCACUCCCAAUGAAUGACCCAUCUACUUUAAAUCCCACUUCACCAUUGACAGGUCUUGGAACAAUAUGCAUGAAUAAGAGUAAUAGCAGCAGACUGAUCUACAAUCAAAAUCGUAACAACAUUGGCAAUGUGAAACAAGAGUUCGAUGAAGAAAGUACUUCUUUAGAUUUUGCUGAAAAAGUUUCACUCACGCCACCACUUCAAAAGAGUCCUCAAACUUCAAGUAUCAAAAACACAACAACUACAACUGGAUUUCUCAAUUAUCCAUACAGUAUUGAUCUUGGGAUGACCCCACAGCUGGAUACCUCUCUUUUCACAAACGCGACAGACAUGAACGAUAAGAACACUGCCAUCACGAAUGAGGAUUUGAGAGUCCAUCAUGAGAAUUGUGGAGAUGUGUCAUACUCCACAUCUACAGCAGCAAGACCGUUCUCAAAGGUAGCUAAAACACCCAUUGUUAAGGCAAAGGCUUUUGGAAGAAGACCAUUCCGGCCACCGAAUCAUUAUUCUUCUGUCCUGCAGAAGAACAACCAUCCACCUUCAAAUUGUGAUCCAAAAGAAGACUAUCCAAAGGAACAAGUCAAGAUCAAAGAAGAAACAGUUUUCAAUGUCAUUGCCUCUAAUUUAUUUAUGGAAUCAGCUGCAACAUCGUCCGAUGCACGAGAAGUGUCUUCGACUUCACCAAAAAACCAGCAUGCAUCAGACAGCAUUGCUCUUUCCUUGAUUCCUCUGAAUGGAGAAAACUUGAGGUCACCUCUAUCCUUUAGUUCUUCCUCUUCUGAGAAUUCUCUUUGA